AUGAGAAUCCCAAAAACCAACUCAAAAUGUGCGAUUUGUCUAGAAGAUGGAGAUGGAUUCCAUUUUGGAGCCGAAGCUUGCAAAGCCUGUGCAGCAUUUUUCCGAAGAAGUAUUUCGCAGACAAAACGAUACGUUUGUAGAGGAAAUGGCGAUUGUGAUGUGACGAUUAACAUCCGUUGCAUGUGUCGUUCUUGUCGAUUCUCAAAAUGCCUUCAAGUCGGGAUGAAUCCAAUGGGUGUUCAACUGAAAAAGGAAUCUCCCAAAUCUCCAAUUCCGGACUUGACACCUUCAAUUCCAACAUCAUCUUCUUCAAAUCCCACGCGACGCUCUCUUCUCCUUUUGGACCUCCCUGAAUCCUACAACGAUUCCAUGCCAUUGCUCACCAGAAUGAGAACGAACUGGCAAAAACUGACGAACGCUAGAUUAGUGAUUCAUAAAAACGAAGGUCAAAGUUUGUUCGAGAAACGGGUUUCAAGAGCCAUCGAUUAUAAGGAAUGUAUAAAUCAAGGCAUGAAGGAUGUCGCGUUGACAUCUGAUUGGAUUUCUUGGUGUUUCGAGGACUUUGUGAAGCUUCCAAUAGAGCAGAAGAGUGCUCUAUUCCGCAGCUUCUACACAUCAUAUUACAUUCUAGAAGGAGCAUUUAUGAGUCAAUUGAACAAUCGAGCGGAUGCAAUAUUCUUUCCAUCCGGGGACUACAUUGACAUGAAUCAAUUGGAGCUAUUUUACAAGACAAUAGAUUUUAAGCAACCAUUGGAGAAGGAGCAGAUUGAUGAUAUCUUCAAACCGUCAUUCUUAAUGAAUCAACGAAUUCUUAUCAAACCAAUGAUGUCUGAAAAUCUAGAUAUUUUCGAAUAUUUCUCCUUAACCACGUACCUUCUAUGGGACACAACUCUAGAAGAAACAUCUGAAGAAUGUUCGAGAACUGGAAAACGCGUCAAGGAUCAAGUGAUGAAGGAGCUGUCGUUCUAUAUGAAAAAUGUCAAAAAAAUCGAGGAACCUGGGAUUCGAAUUGCCGCUAUUGUGAACCUUCUUCCAGCGGUUUUCAAGAGUGCGCGGAGGAUUCAAGACGAUUUAGAGAUUACUAAGAUUUUCAAUAUUUAUAAAGCUUCUGAGGAGUUUUAUGAUAUGGUUAAUGGAAAGUUUUGUUGA